GCACUGAGUGUCAGAUAUCAAUACUGUUCACGCGAGUUUGCCGGCCAGAAGACUGCCCUAUCACCCAUAUACAGUAUAUUCCGUUGCUUUACUAUAUAGGUCUAUUCAAGAAAAGUCGUUAGGUAAACUCGAAGGUGAACUUUUCAGAAAUCUGUUUCAAAGACAUGAAAUUGCGGUUCCACCAAUGUCUUUUCUGGCUCGUUCUCAGUUGCACUGUUCUUGUCGUUUCUUCUUUGGAGGACGUACUGUCUCAGUCAAACUUUGAUAACUUUUUGGACCCUUUAAAGGAUUUGUUUACUUUGAAAGAUGCUACUGGUCCUCAAGUCAAAUUUUCCCUGCGCAAACCAAACCAGCCAGAUGAUGAUGUCUGCUACAUUGUCCCUGGCAAACCAGAGUCGCUGUCUGGUUGCACUUUUAAUUCAACCUCCAAAACCUUUUUGGUGAUUCAUGGAUGGACGGUGAGCGGAUUGUUUGAGAGCUGGGUGGCUAAAUUGGUGGCUGCGCUUUUUGAUAGAGAACAAAGUGCUAAUGUCAUAGUUGUGGACUGGCUCAGCACUGCCCAAAAUCACUAUGUCAUUGCGGCACAGAACACCAAGAGUGUUGGACAAGAUAUCGCUCAUUUCAUUGACUGGAUGGAGGAGACAACAAAUAUUCCACUAGAGAACCUUCACCUCAUUGGCUACAGUCUUGGUGCUCAUGUGGCAGGAUUCGCUGGCAGUCACACCUCCAACAAGGUUGGACGAAUCACUGGAUUGGACCCCGCAGGACCAGACUUCGAAGGGGUUCAUGCCCACCGACGUCUCUCACCCGAUGAUGCCCAUUUUGUUGAUGUGCUCCACACUUUCACUCGAGGCUCGCUAGGCCUGAGCAUUGGCAUCCAGCAGCCAGUGGGACAUGUUGACAUUUACCCUAAUGGGGGAGCCUUUCAGCCUGGCUGCAACCUGAGAGGUGCCCUUGAGAACAUAGCAAACUUUGGCAUACUUGCCAUGAAUGAUGCCGUAAAAUGUGAGCAUGAGAGGUCCAUCCAUCUGUUCAUUGACUCACUUCUGAACGAGCAGGAGGCCAUCAAGGCAUAUAGCUGUGGAAGCAGUGAGAUGUUUGACCGUGGGAUGUGCCUCGGGUGUCAGAAAAAACGCUGCAACACCAUUGGCUAUGAUGUCAGCAAGGUCCGACAAGCCCGCAGCGUCAAAAUGUUCACAAAGACUCGCGCCUCCAUGCCUUUUAGAGUGUAUCAUUAUCAGCUGAAAAUUCACUUCUCAAGUAAGGUCAACCAAUCAGAGAUGGACCCUUCCCUCACUGUUUCCCUCCAUGGUACUAAAGGAGAUGCCGAGAACCUUCCCCUUAAUGUGAAGGAGAAAAUUGCUGCCAAUAGAACACAUUCUUUUCUUCUGGUGGCUGAGAAGGACAUUGGGGACCUGCUGAUGCUCAAGUUCAGAUGGGAGGAGUCCACCAGCUGGUCUGCAUCUUCACUCCUCCGCAUGGUGUCAUCAUGGUGGUCUGGUGACUCAGCCACCCCCAGUAUAGACGUCCACAAAAUUCGCAUCAGAGUUGGAGAGACACAGAAAAAGAUUGUCCUUUGUGUAAAAGAUCCCAAAGCUGUUAACAUGGCCCAGGAAGUCACUUUUGUAAAAUGCAAAGAUGAGUGGAGAAGCCCAUCACGAAGGAAGAACCUACAGACCCACUCACACAGUUCCUGAAAGGAAGAAUCAUGUGUUGCUUGAGAGACUCCUUAUUAAGGAUGCAGUCCGCGAUUCAGUUUGCAAAAGGUUGUUGAUAUUUGAGCUCAACAGCCAAUGAAAUGACUCAUAUACCUGCCGUGUUGAUUGGCUGGGAAUGUUUAUGACUCUAUCUGAGCCACUAUGUUUGAUUCCCAUUUACAUGGCCAGGACUACGUAUGAACUUGAGGAGAAAUUCGCUGAAUUUGUCAAAAAGUGUAAGGGAUUAGAAAUCGUGGACUGUACCUUUAAUAGUCAUAGAAUAAUUUAUGAUGGCGUUAUUUAUUUUUUGUAUUCUGCAAACACAAGCACGUGUACACUGUAUUACAUCCUGAUCCCACGGUGUUGAGUACAGACUGUACAGCGAUUGCUACUAUUUAAAACAUGUGAAAGCAUAUUAGAAGCACAGCCUUUGUGACAGACGGCCAGGUACAACGAACACAUGAAAUAUUGCUUUAAUUCUAAUUAUUUUCUAUCCAAAUCUUUGGUUAGUUUAACUAAAUCAUAGAUAUACACCCAAUUUAGAAAUUAGCAAAUUUUUGAAUAUGAUCUGUCACUUUUUAGUGUAAUUUAGUUGUGUACUAGGACAUGUUGUCCUAAAGUGAUUGUUGGAGCCAGGUUUUUCUUUUGUCAGGAAAUUUGGCAUAAAAUGAUCUAAAUGUAUUUAUUCUAAAGCACUUUUGCAGGUGCUAUGAUUUUUAAGCCUGCGAGCCAAUGUUAAACUGUGGGUUGCCAUAUAUAGAAUGCAAAUCAAAUCAUCUACAAAAAAUAUAAUUGAGUUCAAUUAAUUUCUCAGUAAAAAAUAACUGUAAAUUCACCAAAUAAACAGAAUUAACUUGUCUUCCCAUGAAAAGAUUUUGAACCCAUUUCCAGAACAAUUUGGUCAAUUACAUGAUACAAAAAAGUAAUAUACCGGUAAUACAGCUACUGGACUAAUAAGACUGAGUAUCUGCCUUUUUAAAUGAUACCGUUCACAUAAAGUGUCAUGUCGGUAUACAUGUCUGAUCACUAAUCUCAUAUUGUAAUAUCAUGUCAUAUAAAGUGUAAUGCAAUACAUAUCACUAUGUAUAUAAAUGUAAAUGGUAUGAUGAUUUGGAUUGCUUCUUGAAGGUGUUUCAGUACUGUAACCACUAUUUUUAGUUCCACUCAAUCCAUGGUACAAGCAGAACAUGCAUUGCACUUUAAACCUUAGGUGUAUGUUAAAACAAAUAUAUAUGUUUUUGUUCAAGAGGGUCAAUAACCUGCUGGUAACUGGUUUACACGGUACAAAAUGUUAAUAGAUAUUUAUGUGUUUUUUUAUUGUUGUGAUAUCCAUAAACUUCAAAAAUACAAAGACAUUAAUAAUUGUGAUGUACAUAUACAUACUGUAAAUAGAAAUACUUUAAUAAACUAACUUUUCUGUAUCUAAAUCUAAAUAUUUGUAUUAUGGGUUUGUUUGCUAGUGUAUGCAGAAUUUCACAUUGAAAUACAUACAUUAAAGUUAUGUUUUAAUUUGAAA